AUGUUCUCUUCAGAGUAUAUAAAGCUAAAGAACGAGUUACAAUUGACCGCAGAAAGUGAGCAAGAAAGACAACAUAUGAUAGCAUUGGUGAUCAUGCGUAUAGCCUUUGGUCAUGGCAAGAGUGAGAAAGAGAAGACCGCGACUCCCCCACCACCAUCAUCAUCAUCAUUAUCAUCAUCAGCUUCACUGGUCAGUACUGAAGCCAACGUAAGACAUUUGGUAGAACUUGAAGUGAGUAAGAUCAAGCAACAAAAUGCAAUGAAGAUCCAAACCCAAGAAGCUAAGAUCCAAACCCAGGAAGCUCGUAUAAGAUCACUAGAUAAGGAACUUAAAAAACUUCGACAAGGAACACAAUCUAAAGGUUCUACUUCUGUAUUAGCCAAUAUGAAUUAUCUUUCACCAACAAUUAAUUCUUUUAACAAAUCCAUUCUUUCAUCAUCUCCAGUUCGUCACGUUAUGACUCCAUUGAAGAGACCCAAUCGAAUCACCAAAGAUGCUGGAGGUAAACGGAAAUAUUUAAAUUACAACAAAAUAGCCCAAACACUUACGCGAACACAACGGUUGGAACGAAGAAGGAAAGAAAUUGAUGGUGAGUCAGAUACAAGUAGAAUAUCUGAAGUUUCAGAUGAUGAAAACAUGGUGGGUGGUUCACCUACACCUGAAAGUCCUCAUAAAGCUAAGAAAAUACGACUUCCAAAGACUAAUUCACAACUUCUUCUUCCUACCCGUACGACAUUAGGUGAAGAUGAUUUGAAUUCAAUUGGAUACUAUCAAGAUGCCAAUUUUACAGAUGUUAGUCCUGUAAGACAACCAUCUACCAACAUCAAUGAUAGUAUUACAGUAGAUACCACGCAAACAGGAACAAGUAUAGGUACAGGUACAGGAACAGGAACAGGAGCAACAUCAAUACCCGAGGCAAAGGAGCAACCUAAAAAGAAACGGAACAUUUUUGAAAUAGAGUAA